ACGYAAUCRAACCCAGACCUUGGCUUGUAAUCCAUGAUUGYUGGCCACAUUGACGUUUAUAGUGSCCCUGUUUCGCCGCAGUAAAGCAUCGUUUUAUAGAGUUCUAAGAMGAGUGUUUUUUCUGGUGUUUCCAUGAAAUUAUCCUGGACAAUUCUAGCGGUCUUUCUGUGCCUUUCACAAGGUCAGAAGCCAAAACUUCAAGUACGUCUGCGAAGUGGAAGAAACGAACGUGAAGGACGCGUUGAAAUCUUCCACCGCGGAGUAUGGGCAGGAAUCUGCGAUGAUGACUGGGAUACUAAAGACGGAGAUGUUGUCUGCCGCAUGCUUGGAUUCAUCAAGGCUCGACGUGUGUCCUGUUGCUCGCAAUACGGUCCAAGUGCUUCGAUGCGAAUUCAUUUAGACGAUGUCCAAUGCACAGGACGAGAAACAUCCAUCUCUGAAUGYAAYAGUCGGACAUUUGGGGAGCACAAUUGCGAUGCCAACCGAGAGUCUGCUGGUGUCGAAUGUGUAGGUCGAGAAAGGACCAGCUUUUUGAAAGAAAAGAACAUUCGUCUGUUGGGAGGCCCYAGUGCCCUGGAAGGUCGGGUCGAGAUAUUCCACAACGGCGAAUGGGGUACGAUAUGUGAUGAUAAAUGGUCCUUAAAUAAUGGUCACGUGGUGUGCAGCAUACUGGGUUAUGACCAGGCGGCAAGUGUUUCGUGUUGUGGCAAGUAUGGUAUUAAUAAAAAGAUGUGGCUGGAUGACGUCAGAUGUAAAGGUAUCGAGACUUCCCUUGAGAAAUGCAGGCAUCGAGAAUGGGGUCGAACUAAUUGUAAUAUCGAAGAAACGGCUGGAGUAAAAUGCACUAAAAGCAGACAAAAAUCAGGUCUUAUAUUUCGCCUUGCUGGYGGUCGUAAUCCUCACGAAGGCCGCGUCGAAGUUCUACGCAAYGGCGUCUGGGGCGCAGUGUGUGACGACUACUGGAAACUACGUAAUGGUCACGUGGUAUGCCGAUACCUAGGCUAUGAGCGUGCCUUGAGGGUGUCGUGCUGUAGUGAAUUCAGGGCAAGCAGGGGCGGUCACAUGUUCUUGGAUGACGUAGUCUGUAAAGGCAACGAGGAUUGGCUGUUUCAGUGCAAGCAUCGUCGAUUUGGACAACACAAUUGUAAUCGWUACAAGGAGACUGCUGGAGUAGUGUGCGAUAAAACAUCCUAUAGGACCCUACCCCCGUUAGUUUGUAAAAARGGCUACAAAAAAGACGAAAAUGGCGCUAAUUGUACUGAUAUUGACGAGUGUGCAGAAGACAGCAAUGGUUGUCCCCACGACUGCGUCAAUACGGUUGGCAGCUAUAAGUGUGUUUGUCCUAAAGAUCACACUGGUGAUGGGAAGAUAUGUACGAAAAAGAUCAAGCCCGCCAAGCCAGGCUCUGAAAAGAUACGUCUGAGAGACGGAGAUUCACCCAACGAGGGACGAGUCGAAGUGUGGAAUGACGGUGUGUGGGGGACCAUAUGCGACGAUUUCUGGGACUUACGAGAUGGCAACGUCGUUUGUCGUAUACUCGGGUACAUGCGAGUUAAAACUGCAACCCGUAAAAAUACUUUUGUUGGAAGUAAUGCGCCASCAAUGAUGCUUGACAACGUCGGCUGCAAUGGUGCCGAGUCCUCUAUCUUCUCAUGCAGGCACGCCGGCUGGGGUGUCCAUGAUUGCCAAGAAGGGAAAGAAGAAGCUGGAGUCAUAUGUACYAAUGAACCACCGCCAACAUUCAAACCUCCAAAAUCACAGCUCAACAAAAUACAAUUCCGUCUUGUUGGUGGUGCCACGCCUCAUGAAGGGCGUGUUGAACUCUUCUUCAGRGGACGAUGGGGCGCCAUAUGCGAUGAUUACUGGAGAAAAGGAAAUGGGAACGUAAUUUGCAGGCAGCUUGGAUACAAGAAGGCAAACAGUGUAUCUUGCUGUAGUAAAUAUGGCAUUAUUCAGAGUGGCUUGAUAUGGCUAGAUGAUGUGAGAUGCAGGGGRCGAGAGAAACAUUUGUUAGACUGUCGGUAUCGUGAUUGGGGACAUAACAACUGCAACAAAGAGGAAACGGCCGGGGUUGAGUGYAACACAGGAGAUAUCACUGASCCACCGACUACUAUUCCUCCAAUCACUCCCACCUCUAAACCGACUGUACGUAUUUUCGGGGGUCCGACCAAUCAUGAGGGUCGUGUAGAGGUACUAAUAGAUGGACAAUGGGGAGCGGUAUGUGACCGAUCGUGGCAGUUACGAGAUGGCGACGUAGUUUGUCGUACGGUUGGAUUUGCGCGGGCUAUUAGUACGUCAUGUUGCAGUGCGUACGGGCCGUCAAAACGCAUCUCGCUGAGCGAUCUUCGCUGCAGAGGAUACGAGUCAUCCACGGAUUUAUGUCGCAAGCGUAAAUGGCAGGGCUAUGAGUGUAAUAUGAAGUUCUUGGCUGGUGUAAAGUGUCUAGUGGCCUUUCCUACUACAAUUCCUAUUCCUACCACAGAGAUUUAUGGAUUCAAAGUUCGUCUCGAUGGUAGCAAGAAACCAAACGAAGGCUCUGUCAGCGUCUUUUACGGCGGAGUCUGGGGUUCAGUCUGUGACGACAAUUGGGGCAUAAGAGAAGGUCACGUGGUUUGCCGUAUGUUGGGUUUUGGAGGAGCUCUGUCGACUUCCUGUUGCUCACGAUUCCCCGACGAGGGGUCGGAAAGGAUGUGGUUGGAUGACGUCAAGUGURAUGGGGACGAGAAGUCAYUGAGUCAAUGCAAGCACGCCCCAUGGGGAAGACACAACUGCAAUUAUAAUGAAUUGGCUGGGGUUAUCUGCUUCGCUAAAACAAUAACAACUACUUUACCUUACAAUGGUACCUAUGCACCUCCGACGCAAGUCCGUCUCGCAGGAACUAGUCGAGAAGAUUCUGGUCGUGUGGAAAUCUUCUACCGAGGGGAGUGGGGAGCAGUCUGUGAUGACAACUGGAUCUUACGUAAUGGUUACGUGGUAUGUCGUCAACUCGGUUUUAGGGAGGCUAAAAGUGUAUCGUGCUGUGGUAAAUACGGAGGGAGCAAAUCCAAGAAACUGUGGCUCGAUGAUGUCACUUGUAAAGGAACUGAGAAGACUCUGAUGGAUUGUAAGCAUGCGCCGUUUGGUGAACAUAACUGUGAUAGUGAAGAGACGGCUGGGGUGGUGUGCGUAGGACCACGACGACGUGAAGGGACGUUGAUCCCAACGACAACRCCCAAACCAACUAUCAUACCCACUACUCCAGGGAUAAAAUGUGGCCAAAAGCUCACCAAUGCCAGGGCUAACCGCUUUAGCAGUAGGCUGCAGAAGGCAACCCCCGGGGACUGGCCAUGGCAAGUAGGCAUUAUGAACAGGCGCAAGUUCAUGUUUUGCGGAGGUGCAUUAGUCUCUGAUAGAUGGGUGCUUAGUGUUGGGCACUGCCUUGAUAGAGGGGUGCGUAGGCCUUCUGACUUGAUCAUAAGACUAGGAGCACAUAGAAGRGUAACAACUGCAAAGACAUGGUUACAGGACAUUCCCGCCAUAAAGGUGUUCCGUCAUCCAAAGUAYAAUAGUCCCAGGAGGUAUGCUCACGAUUUGAUCCUGAUUAAACUCUCSAARCCAGCGAAAUUCAACCAAAGAGUUACUCCCAUMUGUUUGACCAAUAAUACRAGAUUAUUUCGGGAAGGUGGUAAGUGCUGGACGUCAGGGUGGGGSCUACUACAAGACUUCAGGCGUCGAUCGCCUGUUCUUCGAAGUAUUUCAAUACCUUUGAGGCCUCUCCGCUACUGUAGRACCUACCGCAGAUACAACCUACAUAAUUCCAUGCUAUGUGCCGGUUAUAGUAUGAGAUGGGCUGACUCRUGUAGUGGGGAUUCGGGUGGGCCAUUGGUAUGCAGGUCGAAGGGCUCCUGGUACCUUAAUGGCCUAAGCACGUGGGGCGGGGACUGUAAAAAGGAGAGUUAUUUUGGAUUGUAUGCUAAUGUCCCUUCCAUGUCAAAUUGGAUUUAUAGAAUAAUGAAGAGAUACUGAACAGGGAUACCGUACUUACUCGAAAAGACCCUAAUAUUGUCAUUCUAGUGAGAGGGCAGUGUUCGUUAAAGGGAGGCGCCAUCUAUUUGAGUGAGACUUAUAUUACAAAAUCUUAUACCUUAUAAUUAAGCAAAAAAAAGUAUUAAGCAUCAGCGAAACCCAAUAAUCACUUGUAAAUUAUAUUAACAUUGUUAUUAAAAAGAGACAAGCGCUGUUAGAUAGUGCAGCUCAAGCAAACUAUGUGAAUUUGUUCUGGAUCUGUCCUCGAAUGAUGCACGUUGGAGAAAGGUGUCUUAUCGAAUAAAUACGGUAUUUAUAUCAAACUAAAUAGGCUUCAUUUUGGUGCUUUCCCAAAAAAAUCAAAUAUUCUGUACUAAAUCCAUAAUUAUUUACAAUAAUAAUCUUGAAUGUACUUCAUCAUUGAUUUUUAAUUUCAUACCAUGUGGGGUGAUGGAUGGAAGGAAGAACAUCGAACCAAAUUGAAAGCAAAUUGUUUAAAACAUUGUGCAAUAAACACUCCUCUCAACAUU